CAGAGGACCCACGUGUUCCGACCCGCUGGGCCCCGCGCGACUCGGAUCCCGCUCGGCUCUUUCGGCCGGGAGUGGGUGGGGGAGCACCGGGCAGGGGAGGAGCCGCCGGAGCCGCGGGAGACGUCCCUUAGGAGGAAGCCCUUGAGCUACCUGGUCUACGUUAAUGCCAGUGUGAGGGCUAAAUGGUGUGAUAACACCCAAGAGCCAGGAAAUGGCCACAGCCUUGGAGCCAGAGGACCAAGAUCUUUGGGAAGAAGAUGGAGUUCUGAUGGUGAAACUGGAGGAUGAUUUCACCUGUGGGCCAGAGUCUGCCUUGCAGGGCGAUGAUCCUGUACUGGAGACCUCUCACCAGAACUUCCGACGCUUCCGAUACCAGGAAGCAUCAAGCCCCCGAGAAGCCCUCAUCAGACUUCGAGAACUUUGUCAUCAAUGGCUGAGGCCAGAGAGGAGAACAAAGGAGCAGAUUCUUGAGCUGCUUGUGUUGGAACAGUUCCUCACCGUCCUGCCUGGAGAACUGCAGAGCUGGGUGCGAGGCCAGCGGCCAGAGAGCGGCGAGGAGGCAGUAACACUGGUGGAGGGUUUGCAGAAACGACCCAGGAGACCAAGGCGGUGGGUAACCGUCCAUGUUCAGGGCCAGGAAGUCCUGUCAGAGGAGACACUUCACCUAGGGCUGGAGCCAGAGUCCUCCAGUGAGCAACAAGAUCCAACACAGACCUUGACCACUGAGCAGCCCCAUGAGGAAGCACUCCGAAGCACAGAUCUGGGGACACCGGGACAGGAGACCUUGCAGCAUGAAGGGGAGCACCUGCCCCUGCCGGAAUGUGAAGUUUCAGUGUCCCAGGAUGUAGACCUUCCCACAGAACAAGGGUCUGGACACCCAGAGAUGGUUGCUCUUCUCACUGCUCUCUCUCAGGGACUGGUCACAUUCAAGGACGUGGCUCUAUGCUUCUCACAGGACCAGUGGAGUGAUCUGGAUCCAACACAGAAAGAAUUCUAUGGAGAAUAUGUCUUGGAAGAAGAUUGCGGAAUUGUGGUCUCUCUGUCAUUUCCAAUUCCCAGACUAGAUGAGACCUCCCAGAUUAGAGAAGAAGAGCCUCAGGUCCCAGGUGUCCAUGAGUCUCAAGAGCCUGCAGAACCAGAAAUCCUGAGUUUUACCUAUACAGGAGACAUUAGUGAAGCUGAGGAAGAAUGUGUUGAGCAACAAGAUACACACAAGUCUAUUUUGGCAAACACAGAAGUUCACCAGACUCCAGAUUGGGAAAUAGUCAUUGAGGAUAAUACCAGUAGACUUAAUGAAAGAUUUGGCACAAAUGUUUCUAAAGUUAAUAGUUUCACAAAUAUUAGGGAAACUAUGCCUGUUCACUCCCAAUCAGGGAGGCAGCAUCAUUGCCCUCUAUGUGCAAAAAGCUUCACAUGUAAUUCUCAUCUUAUUAGGCACUUAAGAACUCACACAGGAGAAAAACCCUAUAAAUGUAUGGAGUGUGGGAAAAGUUACACACGGAGCUCACAUCUAGCUAGGCACCAGAAAGUCCAUAAGAUGAACACUCCUCAUAAACAUCCUCCAAACCGGAAGACUAUGGAUGGCCCUUUGGUCCCGUCUGCUACCCGUGUGGAGAAACCAUAUACCUGUGAUGAUUGUGGAAAACAUUUCCGUUGGACGUCGGACCUGGUCAGGCACCAGAGGACACAUACAGGAGAAAAACCUUUUUUCUGUACUAUUUGUAGCAAAAGCUUCAGCCAGAAAUCUGUGUUAACGACACACCAAAGAAUCCAUGUUGGAGGCAAGCCCUACGUGUGUUCGGACUGUGGCGAGAACUUCAGUGAGCAGAAGCAGUAUCUGACACACCGCAAGACACACGUGUCUGAGGAGCACCAUCUGUGCAAUGAGUGUGGCCGCUCCUUCAGCCAUAGUGCAGCAUUUGCCAAGCACCUGAAAGGCCAUGCUUCAGUGAGGAACUGCCGCUGUGACGAAUGUGGUAAAACCUUUAGCAGGAGGGAUCACCUUGUCAGGCAUCAGCGAACACACACUGGGGAAAAGCCUUUUACCUGUGCUACCUGUGGGAAAAGCUUCAGCAGAGGCUAUCACUUAAUCCGGCAUCAGAGAGUCCACACAGGAAAGAACAAGACCUAGCUAGGGGCCAUAUGUGGAGCUUAAUUCCGCCGCCAACUGAGACGGAUGGGUUCUGUGUUCAACCUGAGAAGAACUUUUCUGAGGCAUCUCUGACCUGCCCGUACCUUACUAUCUAUCACCUUUUCCAACUACCAAACAGAAGCCCCAUCCAGAACGACUCAGCUCUUCUCAGAUGAGGCUUCUGUUUCACUGGCAUGCUCCUGCCUCUACCUCAUAGGUGUGGUGUAGGAGAUGUAGGACUUAGGAAAUUUGGGUCAUUGUAUUUUGAGAAACGUAGGCUGCUCUAGAUCCUGGAGUCUACUCGACAGCCUCAACUUCAGUGUGGUCAAGGAUAAGUAUGUAGGUCUGAUAAGCGACCAACUUAAGAGUCCUUAUCGGACUCAACCUUAAAGCACAAACCCUAAACUCAAGAUAGGAGGUUUGGGUCCUGAUAGAUUUGCCACACACUGACGGGAUAGCUACAGUUCCUCACUAAUUCGCCUCUUCACCGUACACUUUCCUUUGAUGCUGGAGACAAAGGGGAAGAAUUUUGAAGGACAAAUCCUUAAGACUCCUUCACGAGGAUUUUUGACAGGCUGCUCCUUUCCCCAUUGUCAAAAUGACACUAAGUGCCACAUACUGCUACAAAAGCGGGCCUAAGCAAAAGCCUCUUUGGGUGUACCACCCCUGUCUAAAUACUCCUGUCUACUAUUCAGCCACUGUCAGUUUGUCCCUUACAUGCCUACUGCAAAAGAGGUGUAGUACUGGAGUGCUGAAGAACUCAGUUAAAGCAUAAUUAAGACGUGAAAUCCAUUCCAUUCCCAUAUAAUGUUUAAGCCUGUCCUCCUCCAUUUGGCUUGUGAGAAGGGAUCUAAAGCUCUUGUUAGCAUAGAAAGGCACUGUAUCUAGUGCAGAAUCAUAACUGACCGAGAGAGACAGAGAAGAUAUAAAGCCACUUUGGAAGACUCUGAAACAGCUAUUGCCACUGGCUGAGACUAUUCUGACACCCAGUCCUUGGUAUGCCUGCCUGGGUUCUCUAAUGUCUGGGAAGAUUAUGAACCCGAGUACGUGGGACCCUGAGAAUUAAUCAGAAGUAAAGGGAUUUUUAUGUGUCUUGUGUUACUUGGUUUUUCAUGUGUAAGUUCAUUUUCAUGUAAUUGUGAACUAAAAAGUAGUAUCUCCUGGUGGCCUACGGGUCUUUUACCUGUUCAGUGUUCCCAGGAGGCUGAAAUUUUAUGACCUUACAUGUCUGAUAAUCUGAAAAGGACUGAGGACAGAUAUUCCAUAAAUGGAGCACAGGAUGUGGGGAUUAAAGCAUGAGAAGGCAGAUA